ACGGGGACGGAGACGGAGACGGAGACUGAGACCGAGACUGAGACCGAGACCGAGACGGAGACAGAGAGUCCGAGGUAGCCCGUGCCCGUGCCCGUGCCUGUAGCCUGUAGCCGUAGCCUGUAGCUGCCCGUGGCUCGUUGUAACUCGUUGUAACGUGACGCGAAGGUGUGCCAUGCUCUUUCGGGUGCCUGUUACUUCGUCCGAAGACGCCCGAUCACGAGUCUGGCCAAGUGUCGCGUACUCGUUGAGUACGACGGUGUUGUGAUCUAUAUAUCGGGGCUGUCCGGUUGGCGUCGGCUUCACCAAUGAAAAAACUGUCCCACCGACACGCGUCGUCGUGGAAAACUGUCAAGAGUGUCGUCGUGUCUCGGACGCUGCGCACCGAACGCCAAACGAUCGGAUAAGUGUCGGCCGCGGACCGUCGCUCUCCGCCAACAACGAACAUAAGACACGAGCCGGUCCCAUCGAUGUCCAGAGGCAACUGAUCGAGAACGCGCGGGAAAAUCCUGAGAGGCGAAUCGUCGCGUCCAGACACAUUCGACGCAGGAUGCCGCAGAGCUUCGCAACCGUCCAGAGGGUCCGAGUCGCGUCACGAGCGUGCUGCAGGGUAACCAGCUGAGAAUGUCGGAGCAAAACGGGCCCAGCGAGGGCCCAGGGCCGGGUCCGGGACCGGGCCCUGGAUGGUGGCCUACCUCGCAGUCCUGGAAGUCUAGCUCGGCGGCGGCGGCGGCUGCGGCGGCGGCCGCGUCCGCGUCGGUGCCCGCGUCGGGCCCCGGGCCCCUGCCCGCGCCAGCGUCCGCGUCCGCUUCCUCGACCGCCGGCUCCACCGCUCCGAACAGCUCCGACUCCGUCUCUGCGUCCUGCACCGCCGCCUCUACCUCCUCCUUGGCGACCACCGCUUCGCCGGCUCCCUCGUCCAGCUGUUGUUCCUCGACCCCCGGCGGACACGCGUGCACCAUCACCGCGGCCCGCACCUCCGAGACCGGCAAGAACGUCUCUGUUACGACCAUCAAUGUACCUCAGAACCAAGACUUACACGAUGGAAAAGGCAUAUGCAAAUACCUUACCGGGCAGAACGGCGUGACAGUGUCCGUGGUAUCGAGUUGCGGGUCCGUCCUUGGAUGUGGAAACGCGAACGUGGUGUCGACGACGGGAAUCGGGAGCGGUUCCGGCAUCCAUAGCAUAGGCAUCGGUAUCGGAGUCGGAGUCGGCGUCGGGGUCGGUAUCCUCGGUCAAAACGCCGCGGAGAACGACGCCGAGGACAGCGACGGCGAGAUAAGCAAGAUCGAUUUCCGAGGCGUGAAUUUACGUACAAAGAAGAAACGGGAUGUGUCCGGGAACGGCGAGAAGAUCGGCGACGGGGACGUCGACGAUGGGAACGGCUGCUACGACGGUAACGACGUUUCGCAGCAGCAGCCCGAGAGACCCAUGUCGUGGGAAGGGGAAUUGUCGGAUCAAGAAAUGUCUUCCAACACGAUCACGAAUCAGGACACGCACGAGGAAACCUCGAUGGAAGGUGUCCAGGUUUGCGGUUCGAGUCCUGGACCCAUGGAGCAGAAGUUCCCUAUAAAACCGGAACCGGAUUUCCGAUCCAGCCCAGGAUUCGCGUUAGGUUCCUUUCACGAUGCAGGAGCGUCGCUGGCCCACGGUCAGCAGAUGCAGCAACAGCAACAACAACAGCAGCAACAGCAGCAGCAACAACAACAACAGCAACAGCGAACAAUAGAGAACAUCGAACAGACGCAGCAGAGCGAUUUGCCUCUUUUGGUGGGGAAACUGCUCGGCGGUUACAAUAGCUCCACCCCGAAUCACAGUCCGGUAUUGAACCCGAGACAUCAUUUGACCAAGCAUAGCCACACGAGAUCUCAGGUGCCGUCACCGGAUUCCGCGAUUCACUCGGCGUACAGCGUGUUCAGUUCGCCGACGCAGAGUCCUCACGCGGCUCGGCACUCCGCUCUAGGAGCAGGAAGCCCGGUCCCUUCGUCGUCGCUCUCCUUGUCCCGGCACAGCUUCAACAACUCCACCUCCUCGUUGUCACUGUCCCUGUCGCACUCGCUGUCCAGAAACAACUCGGACGCAUCGAGCAGCUGCUACAGCUACGGCUCCCUCAGUCCGCCCACGCAUUCUCCCGUCCAACAACCGAGGCAUCCGCAGCACCAUCAGCACCAGGUUGCUCAAGGAAGUCCUCUCCACUUGCCGGCCACGGCCACGUCCAGCGUGUCCCAUCACUCUUAUUCCUCUUCCGUGCCCGGUUCCGAGCUCUCUCCCGAAGCGCACGCCGCCGGAGACGACCAGGAGGACUGCCGAAUACCCUCGGCCCCCUCCGGCAUCUCGACCAGACAGCAGCUGAUCAACAGUCCCUGUCCGAUCUGCGGCGACAAGAUCAGCGGUUUUCAUUACGGCAUCUUCUCCUGCGAGUCGUGCAAGGGCUUCUUCAAACGCACCGUCCAAAACCGGAAGAACUACGUGUGCCUUAGGGGCGCCGGUUGUCCGGUCACCGUCGCCACCAGGAAGAAGUGUCCGGCCUGUCGAUUCGACAAGUGCCUCAACAUGGGUAUGAAACUCGAAGCCAUCAGAGAAGACCGUACCAGAGGCGGUAGAAGCACCUACCAAUGCACCUACACUCUGCCGGCGAGUCUGGUCGGUAGUCCUGCCAGCGGCAUGACGGGCGACAAGCUAGGCGUCGGCGGAAACUGUAGUCCGGCACCGGCUGGCAGCGAGCAUCAUUAUUCCGCCAGGCAUCAUUCGAAUCACUCGCACAAGAUGCAGGUGGUGCCGCAGCUUCUGCAGGAUAUCAUGGACGUGGAACACCUGUGGCACUACAACGACAACGACCGAAUGUCCGGCGUUCAACCGGGAGGAGGAAACGUCACCAGAAACAACGAUGCCAUGUUACUGGGGGGCGUAGGACCGGCGACCGGGAACGACGCCGGCUCGGGAGUCGAGUGUUCGUCGAACGGCACGGCGGGGAAUGGGAAUUUGAACAACAGAAGAGACGGCAGGUCGUGUCCGAAUAUCGCUAGCGUGAACAACGACCAACGGGCCCCGCCGGUCAACAGCAAUUCCCAGUUGGGGAACAACGCGAACGGCAAUCCUACUCAGCAUCCCGAUUUCCUCUCGAACCUUUGCAACAUCGCGGACCAUCGACUCUACAAGAUAGUGAAGUGGUGUAAAAGUCUGCCGUUGUUCAAGAACAUCUCUAUCGACGACCAGAUUUGCCUUUUGAUCAACUCCUGGUGCGAGCUGUUGCUCUUCUCGUGCUGCUUUCGCAGCAUGAGCACGCCCGGUGAAAUUCGAGUGUCUCUCGGCAAGUCGAUCACCUUGGAACAAGCCAGGCAGCUUGGCCUGGCGACCUGUAUCGAGAGGAUGCUCGCGUUCACCAAUAAUCUGAGAAGGCUCAGAGUGGAUCAGUACGAAUACGUUGCGAUGAAGGUGAUAGUACUGUUAACAUCCGACACGAGCGAGCUGAAAGAACCGGAGAAAGUGCGAGCAUCGCAGGAGAAGGCUCUUCAGGCCUUGCAGCAGUACACAAUAGCAAGGUAUCCCGAGAUGCCUGCCAAGUUCGGCGAACUGCUACUCAGAAUUCCAGACUUGCAAAGGACGUGUCAGGCAGGGAAGGAAUUGCUGAGCGCAAAACGCGCGGAAGGAGAAGGCAGUUCGUUCAACUUGCUGAUGGAAUUGUUGAGAGGAGAUCAUUGAAUCAUAGCCAUUCCACGCUUAUAGGCUCCAUAAGCUUACGGAAUCGGAUACGUUAAUAGAUAACCAAGAAACGGACAGAAUUAGACAAACAAAUCCAUAAACCUUACGGUCCAUGAUACAUUAGUGGUGGGUGAAGGGACUACAUUCUUAUAGAACUAAUUAGAAAGGCGAACGAGAAA